UGGAUGCGGUAAGUUGCAAUCAUAAACCGUUGAUAUUAUUGGAAUAUUGAAAGUCUGAAUUUGAAUUGCAAAUGACAAAACCGUAAAGAUUGCCUACCGAACUGUUUUUGCUCAGACUCUAUUUCAGAAAAUUUAUUCUGUAAGUUGUAUCAUAUAACGUAGCCUAAGUAUAAUGUAGGUAUCCCACUAGACAUUCUAUGAUCGACAUUAUACUUUCUAGUUUUAACUACAUUUCUACACACGCUGUUUGUGGAGUGGCUACGGCAUUAAUAUUGAUAAUGACACAUUUACGAGUUCUUGUUGGAUGGACCUUACUUGCAUUAGCUUUUCAAUGUUCACUGACUGCUCUGUGUACAGAGACAGAGGUACAAGUUGCAAAAGUGGAAGUAUUAGAAUAUUAUUUGAUGCUCGAGGUUCAAACUACUCAGAGGUCGGGUGCUGGAGAUAAUGCGACGUUCAUGUACCAAAACUGUGGUAGGCUACCUACUUUGACAGAUUACAAUUCCUGGAGGACCAAGAAGUUCCAAGGCCACCCACAACCAGUACGUCUUUACUAAAUGAGAAAUGCAUUUUAAAUGUGACGAGAUAUCUAUAGACAAUGGUGGCUGGAAUUCAGGUUUCUUUUCUGGUCGUCGUCUUACUCUCGGGAUACGCUGGACUCAACCGGGCUGAUUCAAUCAUAGAUGGACAGAUUGCAGAAAUAGUGGAUGAUGGUACAGUUCCGGAUAUUCCACUUCAAGAGGAAGCUAUUUGCAAAGACGGCAAAUGUACAUUGAAACUCGACAUGGGUAUACCUUGGGAUAAAUCCUAUUUGGAAGGAAAAAUGGAAUUUGGGUAUAAAGGUGGGAAGGACAAUGUGGUAGAAGGUUCAUCGAGUAUGUCAUAUGUGCCAUUUGAAGGAUCCCCCACCUCAUUCAAACUUUCCAGUGAAAUUAAUUGUGAAGGAGAAGAUACAGUAAUAUUACGCAUUGGAGUUGGGGUUGGAGAAGGAAUCAAUUGGCAAGAAGUCACAGGAGAAUUUUCGAAAAAACUGCCUCCAAUAUGCAUUCAGAUUCCUGGAGCAACGUUUGUCUGGCUUUGUGUGUUCCUCACCAAGUACAAAUAUCACGAAGAGGAUAAAAGUUUUGAGUUCUGCAUAUUACUUCAGAUAAGAGCUUCUUUAGGAGAAGGGAUUGGAUUUAAAACAGUAAAUUUGCAUAAUAUAUGCAUGUCUUUGGGAAGAAAGCAAUUCAAACAAAUCGGCGACGGCGUCAAAGCAGUGUCAAGUUUCGCGAAAAAACAAGCCAGCAGCUUGCAGCAAAUGCUUCAGAGAUCGAUCAGCUUUCGGCAAUCUUAAUUCACUUUCUGCACCUGUAAUAGAUGUUCUACCAGGUGCCUAAUAAAUUCGACGCUUGAAAAUUCUAGAAAUUGGUAUCAAAAGUUGAUACCAAUAUUUAGAAUUGUGUAAACCUGUACAACUUUUUGAUUGGCCCAGACAUAUAAUUUAAAUUUGAUUAAUAUUCAAAUUAUUAUUGGAAUAUCAAUUUCAUAUUCAAUUAUAAUUUUCAUUGAAAUAGGUACCAAUUAUAUAUUCAGUUAUUAAUUCUAUUGGAAUGUAAAUUGAAUUUCAAUUACGACUGGGUCAAUCAAUAAGAAGUGCAGGUUUACGAUUUGGAUGCAACUACUGCACAAUAGCUGAUCAAUAAAAGGUUUCACACUAUGUCUGGUAUCAUUUUAUUUAUACUGAAGAAAUAAUAUCCGAAGUUCUGAUAUUUUGUGUUACUACAAUUUGAUCCUAUGCGAGUUGAUACACAUUUCAAUUUUAUCUGAGAUUACUUUUAAAUAUUACCUACUAUGAUUAUCCUACUAUAGUGGUUUAUUUAUUUUAUGUAUUCAUUCGAUAAUUUGACAAUGUUUCUAAGCUUAAGCCUAUUGAAACAAACUUAUAUAACAAUGAAUACAAAGUGAGAAAAAAUACACAAUAAUCGAGAAGUAAGAGUAAUAAUAAUGAUAAUAAAACUAUAAAUAUAUAAAAUAGUAAAGAAACUCAGUAAUUAACAUUUUAAAAUUCUACAAUUACCCGAUCGAAUCGAAGAGUUCAAAAAUUACUUAGGAACACACUUACAAACCUUAUCUACUGAUGAUAGCUGAGUUAAGUUAUUCUCAUGGGCAAAUGUUACUCAAUUCACUUAUUAGUAAUAUUAAAGCUGUAUUCAUGACAAAUAGAGAUGAUUCAAACGUCAUUCUCAUUGGAUGCGGUAAGUUGCAAUCAUAAACCGUUGAUAUUAUUGGAAUAUUGAAAGUCUGAAUUUGAAUUGCAAAUGACAAAACCGUAAAGAUUGCCUACCGAACUGUUUUUGCUCAGACUCUAUUUCAGAAAAUUAUUCUGUAAGAUGUAUCUUAUAACGUAGCCUAAGUAUAAUGUAGGGAUCCUACUAGACAUUCUAUGAUCGACAUUAUAAAUGAUACAUGAUUAUAUGAUCAUAUUAUAUGAUUAUAGACAUUUCUACACACGCUGUUUGUGGAGUGGCUACGCAUUAAUAUUGAUAAUGACACAUUUACGAGUUCUUGUUGGAUGGACCUUACUUACAUUAGCUUUUCAAUGUUUACUGACUGCUCUGUGUACAGAGACAGAGGUACAAGUUGCAAAAGUGGAAGUAUUAGAAUUAUUUGAUGCUCGAGAAAAUACUACGAAUGGUGGAGGCGUCAUCGAAGAGUGUACAGACGGCAGAUGUGUGCUCACUCUUUCAUUGCAGUACAAGAACAGGAGUAUAUCAGGAGCAGCUAAAUUCACUACAUAUACCAACAGGACUUUUAUUGGGAAAACGAUCUUGACUUAUAAAAAUCUUGAUGAUAAUAAUCAGAAGGAAUUUGGUUUUCAAUUAAUGAUACAUUAUCCAGUGGGCAACGAAACUAUUAUAAAGUUGAGCGCAAUCUACAUUGUAAAUGGAAAUACUAAAACAAAAGGACUUAAUAUUCAAGACAAAGUGAUACCUGGUGUUUGUUUGUGGGACUUUCCACUGAGAAUUUUCAAGCUCUGCCUCAAGGUGACUAAGAUCAUUUUGCACACGGAUCGGACUGAAAUAUGUAUUAGUUUACGAGUGCAGCUUGGUAGGAUUGGUUUAUUCAAAUUGGUAACAAGGUGUAUGGACGUCAAAAUCCGUCGUUCAAUUGAUAGUGCUAGAUCUGUCCUGAAAAGAUUACCAUCUGUACGCGAAAUGACGGUAUCCAAAGACGGUACCCAACAAAGCUCUGCGUCAACCCCGAAUCUUCUCAAAAAGCAAGAGACAAAUAGAUCUAUUGAAAUAAAUGGUAACUCCUCUAGAUUCGUUGAUGUUGAUGUUGAAAAUAUCAUAGCUGGAUAAGAAAAUGAUGGGCAAAAUAAUAGUAACAAUAAUGAGUGACCACAAUAACCGUAAGUACAGUUUUCCGUAAGUUAAUCAACGAUAAAUGUAAGUUUUGCUUCAGUUCCCCUACUAUUUUCUUGAGUGAAUUUAUCAUACCACAUACUUGGAAUAAUAUACCAUAUUUUUUCAUGGAAUUUGUUAGAACUGCUAAUGGAAAUUAAAAAAAGUCUUCAAACCAAUGAAGGUAACCAAUUAAAAUUUGUAGCCUAAAUUUUAUUAACUUUUACUUUCAAAAAAGAGAUGUUGGUUUUUGUUUAAUUAAAUUUAUGCUAGUGUAUUUAUUUUAUACCAACCACAAUCAGAUGAAUUCAACAUCUCUGUGCAUACUUCAUUUUAUAAAUGUGUUUGGUGAAUAAAUUGAAAUCUCGAAAAAAAAUUAUAUUGGUAAAAACAACAUUGAUAUCGUGAGAUAUCUUCAGGAUUACAAUGAUUGAAGAUUGAAGAUUAUUUUCACUCAUAUAUUUUAUUGAAAAUUAAAGAUUAAUUCCACUCAUAUUUUUUAUUUAUUCAUGCAUUUUUAGGUGAAUGCAUUUUUUAUUACAAUUGAAUUGAGUUCAAGAAUAAAAAUCUCCCUAAGUUCACCUACAAUUUCCUUCAAACAUUUUCCCAAUUUUACGCCAUUCUCUUCUUACUAGAAAAAUGUCAAUAAAAAAUUUAUGCAUCAUUUCAAUAUUUACUACAACUGCAAGCAUACCCAUACCCAGAGGUCCAUAGAAUUACAUAGAACUUUGAUGGUGCAGUUAUGUGGGAGGUUUGUGGUGGUCAGGGGAUGAUUCCAUUGUAGCCCAAAACGCCCACACAAAUAUUAUACAAUUACAACUAAUGUCAUUAGAUUUUUAUCUACGACCACGUUAUAAUAAUGUGAACAUUACAACAUGACAAUCAAAUAUAUAACAGGUAACCUUUCUCAAUAGAUUUUAAACAUUAUUCUAUAACGUUAUCUGUUAGUUUGGGGUGCAGCUAAUUUCAGUUUUAUAGAUCCAUUACACAUUCAAAAUUCAAACACGUAGGCCUAUUUUAAAAAUAAUGGGUAACAGGGAAUUUCGGUUUCCAAACACAGAAUUAUUUAUAGAAAAUAGAGUACUCAGCGUCAGACAAUUGUAUAUAUUGUUAUUAUUAGGGUAUAUGAGAAAAAUCAGAAUAGAAACCAUAUCGUAAAUCAUGUACGUAACACUAGAAUAAGAGAACGUAAUAACCAAGAAUGUAUACAGCAUUUGGGCAAAGAUCACUAGGAUUUUAGGGCCUACAUUAUCUAAUAGAAUACCAAUUGAAAUCAAAGGAGAGGGAAAUUUCAUUAGCUUCAAAAGAAAAAUUAGAAAUUGGUUAUUCAGUAUUGAAAUACAUAGUAGUGAGGAACUAAUAGUAAAUAGGAUUUAGAUUAAAGUAGUAUUCUUUAGUAACAAGAAAGGCUGCUCGAAGAGUAAAUGACUUCGAAGCUGGAGAAUGGUCCUUUAAAAGCACACAACAUUUCUCAUACCUGGGUGUUGACUUGAAUAGUACCAAUAAAGUGAGUGACGAGAUAAGACAGAGAUUGAUAGCUGGAAAUCGUGCCUACUUUGCGAAUAUUAAAUUAAUUACUUCUCGAUCACUAUCUAGAGCAACCAAACUCAAAAUUUACAAGACACUGGUAUGACCAAUAAUCACAUACGGUUCAGAAACCUGGAAUUUAACUGCAGUUGAUGCCUCCAAACUGAGAGUUUUCGAAAGGAAUAUUAUUAGGCGCAUAUAUAUGGAGGCAUCAAUGAGAAUGGAGUCUGGAGGAGACGGUCAAAUGAUGAAAUGAAUGAAAUUCUAAAGAGUGAGGAUGUGGUACGAUUCAUCAAAUCACAAAGAUUGCGCUGGGCUGGUCAAGAAGAGAGAAUGGCGGAUCAUCGUAUGCCAAAAGCAAUUUAUGAGGCCCGGAUGGAGGGUAGAAGACGACAAGGGAGGCCACGCAAUCGAUGGAGAAAUGAAGUGUAGGAUGAUCUCCAGAGGAUGGGAGUUGUGGCAUGGAGACGAAAGGCAUGUGACCGUGAUGUGUGGAGGGCUCUAGUGCGAGAGACUAAAGCUCACUCACAUCGAGCUGUAAUGCCAGAAGAAGAAGAAAAAGAAGAAGAAAAAGAAGAAGAAGUAGAA